CAGGAAUCCUGAGUCACAUGGAAAACCUGGAGCAUUAGAUUUGCCAAACUUCUUAAGAGGCUUAUACGUACAUUAAUUGGCCUGCAAGCGGAUAACGAUGCCACAGAUGCAUGUGAGGACCAAUCAGAGCUAGUGCACCCAGGCACACACAUGGUCAUGUAAGCUGUGACUCUGACUGUGCUAUCAAGGAAAUUCCUCAGUCCUCCAGGGUCACCUCCGUGGGUUCUCUAUCUGGUGGUUUGUACAGCUGCACAAGCUUCUGUUUCCACAACACACACACACAAACAGAGCACAUACUGUAUGGGCGUGCUGUCUUAGUCACUCAAGAGGUCACUGGAAGCUGAAGUUAUUAUAUGCCCCAGCACAGACCUAGGCCUGUGAUGGCACGCUGAAAUUGAAAAAGAAGCUUGGGACCGUUGUGUAGCAUGACCUGGCGUGGAUCCUCCUGAUCGUCUAACUGCAGCAAAACAAGGGACAAAACAGGACAAUCCAGGGAGACAAAAUGGCCACUGAAGAAAAUCAGACACAGGUUGGGGCUGUGGUGCUGGCCCGGCGUGCUUCUCCUCCUUCCACUGGGAGCAGACCCAGCAGAGAAGCCAGACACGCAAAUGACAGCCAGGAAGUACGGCGAUACUCUGACCAAUUGUUGCAGUCAAAACAUAGGAGCAGCCCUUCCCUCCUCUUAUAUAGGAAGCUAUCGUGUGACAGUGUGAAAGGGACAAUUUUGGACGAGGAAUAUGGGUGUUUGGAUUACGGCUCAGAACUCUUGAGUACCGAAGAGAAACUUUAUCCAGAGCUGUCAGCUGGCAAGAGAACUGAAGGAAUAACUAAGACAGUUACUCCGACACCUGGGAAAAGUUCAGAGGAACCUCCGCGCCAGCUGGACACCCCUGGAGAGGGUGUGGAUGCAGGCAGAAACAGAACUGGCAGCACCCGCUGCUCCUGCACCCUGUCUAGCCUUUACAUGAGUCCAAACACCUACUCUUGCCACAGCCCCAGAUCCAGUCCAAGCCCCAACUCCAGCCCUGUUCACAGUCCUCAUCUCAGCUCCAGCCCCUUCAGGCCCAACCGGCGGCACAUCCGCCGCAGCAGCCUGCCUGUGUCAAUGCUGGCGUCCCACAAGACAUCAACUUGCCUCUCAUCGCAGAGCAGCCCAUCCAGUGAACCAAGCUCUUUGCUGUCGUCUCCCUGUAGUUCCCCUCUUACCAAGCACCACCAGCACCACCAAAAUGGACACAUCUGCCGACAUCAUCUCAAAGAUGGCUACUCGAGUUUAGAGAGGCUCAAUAGAAGACCCAGGGUUAACAAAUGCUCCCUGGAGAAACUAUUUCUACGACGGGCAUCUCUUGAAACUGUGACGACAGCCUUGGGGCAGGGUGAGAGAUCGUCCUCAGGAGUGAACAGGAACUGCAGCGGGGACAGCAGCAGUGAUGAGAUGGACGGAGAUGGUCCCUUGGAUAAUACAGAGUUUGUUAGGAACCGCAAAGAGCGUUCCACUGUCCUGGUGAGGCGUUUCUUCAAGAAUAACCAGAAGGUAACCAAGUCAGUGUGUACUGGAACCAGAGCAAUUGUCAGGACACUGCCGUCGGGACGCAUCUCAGACGUGUGGGAGGUUGUUGUUCACCAUAGGAUACGGCAACCCAGCAAGAAGGAUGUGUGGCCAAUCUUAACAUGCGGUGUGAGAGAAGAAUUCAGAGUCCGCAGGGGGAUGCUGCGCUUUGUUGGGGUGAAGCUACAGCAGGUCACCAACUGUGUGCAGGACAGAGAGGAACUCAACCUGAUUCAUCCUGCCAAAAAGCUCCUGCUGUCUUGCCCUGGGUGUGUGUGUCUCAGGGAGUCUCGUUGGCCAUUGCACACUGUCAGUGCCAGCACAGCCAGACCUGAUCUGAACUCCUGCCUCAAUCCCUGGUUCUGUCAUCCCUCUCAGCCACCUAGGUUUUAUCGUUCUUGUGGCCAGAGGACAGCAGUGUGUUCCCUGUUGACUGGAGCCCUGCUUGAGGCCACAGCCGCUCUUGGUGCCCGCUCUGCCCUGCUCUACCCUUUGCCCCAGGGUCCCAACAGCCACGCCGUACUGAAAGAACGACAGCUGGCCAACAGCAUGACCAGCAGCAGCUCUCUUCCUCCCAGUGUCAGUGGGAUCAGCAAGGAGCUGGCAGAGCUGCGACACCUUGUGCAGUUCCCUGAGGAGAUUGCCUGCAUCCUCACUGAGCAAGAGCAGCAGCUCUACCAACGGGUGUUUCCCUUGGACUACCUCUGUUUCCUCACUCGGGACCUGGGCAGUCCCGAGUGUCAAACUAAACACCACCCAAACCUCAAGGCUUCACUGUCCGCACCCACCAUGCCUACCCAGAGUGCUCAGCGAAGUAACGCUGUGGAAGACCUGGUGACACGGUUCAACGAGGUGAGUUCGUGGGUGACGUGGCUGGUCCUGACAGCAGGGUCGAUGGAGGAGAAGAGAGAGGUUUUCUCUUACCUGGUCCACGUCGCCAAAUGCUGCUGGAACAUGGGAAACUACAACGGUGUCAUGGAGUUCCUGGCAGGACUCAGGUCUCGUAAAGUGCUGAAGAUGUGGCAGUUUAUGGACCAGUCAGACAUCGACACCAUGAGAAGCUUAAAGGACGCCAUGGCUCAGCACGAGUCUUCUUCUGAGUACAAGAAAGUUGUGACCAGAGCUCUCAAUAUCCCAGGAUGCAAGGUUGUGCCAUUCUGUGGGGUUUUUCUGAAGGAGCUGAGUGACGCGUUAGAUGGCACAGCAAGCAUCAUUAGCCUUAAACCACCUCCAGACAACACAGAGGACCCUAUAGAGUUUGUGUCCGACUACAGCGGCCAGCACAACUUCAUGUCGCGGUCUGGUCCAAAUGGUCUACACGUCCCAGAAAAGGAAGCCACUGUCAGCAACAUCCUCCAGAUUAUCAGAUCUUGUAAUCGUAGUUUGGAGGCAGAGGAUCCUGAUGAGGCGUCCACCAGUCCCUCUUCCACUGGCCCAUCCCCUGCAUCAAGAAACAAUUCUUUCAGGGACCGCUGCCGCAAUCAGUUCAUGGUCGGGGACUUGUCCGAUUCAGAUGGUGACUUGUCAUCUGAGCCGGUGGUGAAGGAGGUAGAGUUUCAGGGGACUGAGGAGACACACAGAGCUUUCAGCCAUGGCACUGAGCUCAUCCCCUGGUACGUGUUGUCACUACAACCAGACGUUCACCAGUUUCUGCUUCAGGGGGCUACAGUCAUCCACUACGACCAGGACAGCCACCUCACAGCUCGCUGUCUGCUGCGACUACAACCUGACAACACAACACUUACAUGGGGUAAGCCUCAAAGCACUGGGGCUUCCCCUCCAGAACAGCCCCUGGGAUUAGGACAGACUGUAGUGGCAGGACUAGCAGAAGGCCUCUUGGACCUGGGAGUGGUGAAGGCAGUGUUUCUGGGUCACCAGGGAGUCGACGUCCAUGCCGUGUGUUUGCAGAACAAGCUGAGCCAGAUGACCGUGGAGGAGAAUGGUCUCAGCCUCCUCUACGGUCUCAGUACCACUGACAACAGGCUUCUUCACUUUGUGGCCCCCAAUCACACGGCACAAAUGCUUCACAAGGGCCUGUCAGAGCUGGUGAAUGCAACCAGAAAACUGAAGAAGUUUCCCGACCAAAGGUUGCAGUGGCUCAGGAGGCAGUAUGUCAGUCUGUAUCAGGAGGAUGGCAGGUACGAAGGCCCCACACUAGCCCAGGCAAUUGAGCUGUUUGGAGGGCGCAGGUGGAAUAUGAGUACAGGUGGAGUGGAGAAACCUGGUGGCCAGAAAAACAGCCCUCUGAGCAUCAACGAUAAGGCCAAGAAGAAGAAGAAGGUCCUAGUCAGGGGGGACAGUGGGGACGCCACAGAUGAUGAGAUGGUUUCCAGGAAAACACGGAGCUGUAAGGAGGGACUGUAUCGUAACGGACCAGAGUCUGACAGCAUCGACCAAGAAGAUCCAGAGGACAGCUUCCCUGGACCAUUCUCCCUCUCAUCCAGUAAGAGCCCUGGAUUGCUAGCUUCUUCUUCCUCCUCCUCCUCUUCCUCCAGCAUGGCAGGGUCCAACCAUUCCCGCCCACAAUCCUCUCCCAUCCUUUCUGGAACUGCCAAGUCACAGCCAGGGGCCUGGAGCAGCAGAUCGUGGCACGGCCGGGGUAAAGGCUGUUUCAAAGGCUUCCAGAACCUCAUGAUUUCUGACAGCACGAUGAGCUUCAUUGAGUUUGUUGAGCUGUUCAAGUCAUUCAGUAUUCGAAGCAGGAAGGACCUGAAGGAGCUGUUUGACACCUUCGCUGUCCCCUGCAGUCGAUCAAGUCCAGAGUCAGCUCCUCUCUACACCAACCUCAGAAUAGACGACAAAGACACAGGGCUACAACCAGACCUUGACUUACUAACCCGCAACGGUUCAGAUCUUGGUCUAUUUAUCCGGACGAGGCAGCAGAUGUCCGACAACCAGAAGCAGAUCUCAGACGCCAUUGCAGCAGCCAGCAUCGUGACCAAUGGGACAGGAGUGGAGAACGCAUCGCUAGGUGUCUUGGGACUGGCUAUCCCCCAGCUCAAUGACUUUUUAGUCAACUGUCAGGGGGAGCACCUGAGCUACGAUGAGAUUCUCAGCAUUAUCCAGAAAUUUGAGCCCUCAUCAAGCAUGAGACAAAUGGGCUGGAUGUCAUUUGAAGGUUUUGCAAGAUACUUGAUGGACAAGGACAACUUUGCUUCUCGUAACGAGGAAUCCCAAAUGAACCCGGAGGAGCUGCACUAUCCUCUGUCCUACUACUACAUUGAAUCUUCUCAUAACACAUAUCUGACUGGACACCAGCUCAAAGGAGAAUCCUCUGUUGAGCUUUACAGUCAGGUGCUGCUGCAAGGUUGCAGGAGCGUCGAGCUGGACUGUUGGGAUGGAGAUGAUGGCAUGCCAGUUAUUUACCACGGACACACACUCACCACUAAGAUACCCUUCAAGGAUGUGGUGGAAGCAAUUAACCGGUCUGCGUUUGUCAAUUCCGACAUGCCCGUCAUCCUGUCUAUAGAGAACCACUGCUCCCUCCCACAGCAACGCAAGAUGGCGGAGAUCUUCAAGACGGUGUUUGGGGAGCGUCUGGUGACGCGAUUCCUCUUUGAAAGUGACUUCAGCGACGACCCUCACCUGCCUUCGCCGCUGCAGCUGCGGGGGAGGAUCCUCCUCAAGAACAAAAAGCUGAAAGCCCACCAGGCACCGGUGGACAUACUCAAACAGAAGGCUCACCAGCUGGCACACAUGCAGGCCCAGGCUAGCAACGGGUCACCAGGGGUUAGUUCACCUGGCAACCACGCCAAUGAGGAAGAGGAAGAGGAGGAGGACGAGUACGACUAUGAUUAUGAGUCUCUGUCAGAUGCUGAUGUCCUCACAGCCUCUACUGCCUCGUAUGGCCUGGAAGAUAACAUCCUGGAUGACAAGCCAGAGGGGAAGAGCUCAGCAGACAAAGAAGAGCAACCUGUUGAUGAAAUACCGAAGAGGAUGAAGAAGGCUGACAGCGCCACGCAGAGCAAAGGAAAGGUGUUUGACAUGGAGCUGGGCGAGGAGUUUUACCUUCCUCAAAACAAGAAGGAGAGUCGACAGAUUGCCCAGGAGUUGUCAGACCUCGUCAUCUACUGCCAGGCUGUGAAAUUCCCUGGCCUGUCCACACUGUCUCCAGCCGGCUCUAGCAGAGGAAAGGACCGGGGAAAGAGCAGGAAGUCCAUAUUUGGUACAGCUCCCGCUCGCUGCAACACUACAGGGGAGGUCACAACCCAGAGCCGCACCCCUGGGAAAGGUGGCACUGAGCGGCUGAGCUGGGAGGAACAGCAGACGUCUCCUGUCCUCAACCCCCCCACCUCUCUCAGCGCCAUCAUCCGCACACCCAAGUGCUACCACAUCUCCUCCGUCAACGAGAACGCCGCCAAGCGCCUGUGCCGGCGCUACUCUCAGAAGCUGAUCCAGCACACUGUGUGCCAGCUGCUCAGGACGUACCCGGCAGCCACCAGGAUCGAUUCAACAAACCCCAAUCCUCUGCUUUUCUGGUUGCACGGAAUCCAGCUGGUGGCACUCAACUAUCAGACAGAUGACCUGCCCAUGCAGUUGAACACUGCGUUGUUUGAGGCCAAUGGUGGCUGCGGCUAUGUACUGAAGCCAGCGGUGCUGUGGGACCGUAACUGUUCACUUUAUCAGCAGUUCUGUCCGAUGGAGAGAGACGUGGAGAAAAUGAGCCCUGCUGUCUAUUCCCUGACGAUUGUCUCUGGUCAGAACAUUUGUCCCGGUAACAGCGCUGGCAGCCCCUGCAUCGAGGUGGAUGUUCUGGGCAUGCCUGUUGACAUUUGCCACUUCCGUACCAAACCCAUCCACCGCAAUACCCUCAACCCCAUGUGGAAUGAGCACUUUCAGUUCACCGUGCACUUUGAAGAGAUGUGCUUCCUGCGCUUCGCUGUGGUGGAGAACAACAGUUCCCAGACUACUGCUCAGAGGACUCUGCCUCUGAAAGCCCUCAAACCAGGGUACAGACAUGUCCAGUUGAGGACGCAGCACAAUGAGCCACUUGAAGUGUCCAGCUUAUUCAUCUUCAGCCGCAGAACAGAGGAAGGUCCCACAGGGGGCACUACUCCCUCAUCUUCGCUCUUCAGUUCAGAGGAGAAGCGUGUCUCCCAGCAGCACCAGGUGACAGUGCAUGGAGCUCCUGGUCCUGAGCCCUUCACAGUGUUCUGUGUUACUGAGCAGACCACUGCCAAACAGCUGCUGGACACGGUUGUAGCAUCUGCGGGAAACCCGUCCGAUUACUUCCUUUGUGAGGAGAGGGUUCCUCUGUUGAAGGAGCGCAGUGAGGUGAAGCGCUGUGCUCAGCAUCGCCCUCUGGCACCUGAGGAGGCGGUGGUCAGACUGGUCUACAGCUGGAACACGGAGGAGGGUUAUGUGGGAAGGAUUUGCCUCAAAACAAGAGAGGAGAACUUAAAUGAGAAGAACACAGUGCUGGACGGAGAGGAGGAUGUGACCGUGGGAACCAGAGAAGGAGCGGGAGGAGGAGGAGGGGGUGGAGGAGGAGGAGAGGAUGAUAUGUUCUUUGUUCAGGUCCAUGAACUUUCACCAGAACAGCCUCACACUGUGAUCAGGGCCCCACGCUACAGCACCGCUCAGGACAUCAUACAGCAGACUUUGUCAAAGGCCAAGUAUUCCUACAGUAUCGUAUCGAACCCCAACCCAUGCGACUACGUCCUGAUGGAGGAAGUGACCAAGGACGUGGGCUCUAAGAAGUCCUCCACCGCCAAGCCUUUGCAGCGGGUGCUGCUGGAUCACGAGUGUGUCUACCAAGCGCAGAGUCGCUGGCGGGGGGCGGGAAAGUUCAUUCUUAAACUCAAAGAGCAGGUGGUGCGUGAGGACAAAAAGAAAGUAAUUUCCUUCGCCAGCGAAUUCAAGAAGCUGACCAGUCGCAGUCGCAGCAUGACGACUGGCAGCGGAGUGGAGGGUCCUGCCCAGAGGUAUCUGUCUGCAGCUGCAGGGCUGAAGGCGUGGGUGGCAGAAGGCAAGGUGGGAGCAGGAAGGUUCCUACAGACCGCCUCCUCCUCUUCGUCAUCCUCCUCCUCCUUCAGGGGGCAACUCCAACCUGUCCAUCUGCCCAUCUCUUCUCUGACCCCCCUAGCCUGGAAGUUUCACCUCCUCAGGAACUGGAAGAUCCACAAAUGAAAUCCAGAGAGAGAGACUUGAGCCGACUACUUCUAAACUUGGAGGAUUUCCCCUUUGCAAGAGAGGCAAGGUGUUUCAGUGAGCGUCUGACACAUUGUGGAACUGUGGGAUACUCUCCUUUUUUAAGUCCUGAAGGAGUCUGAUCCUGCCUUGUUUUAGUUGAGCAAGCGGGGGACAGGAUUCAGUCCAAGCCCCUUCAGUGGGUUAGGUGACAGGUGUUCAGCCGCUUUGCAGGAGUUUCUGAUUGGAAAUCCCACCCAGCGUCACUUUAGAGCAGGGAUGGUCACAUGGGCAGCUCCGGCUCGUCUUGAUUUAUUGGUUGUAGCUUGGCUCCACAGAGAGUCCACAGAACCAGGGGCAGCUGCUGUUAUUGAAGUCAUCAGGUACGUGAUCAGGGAUACAAAAAAACAAAACAAAAAAGAAACAGAAAAAAAUCCCUUCUCUUACCAAUGAAUUGGAGGAAUUUGACAAAAAAACACUUCCCUGACUCACAUUAAAAGGAAGAUGAGGUAUGGGUUUGCUUUUAGAUGUGCCAGUUUUUUAUCUCCAAAAAAUUUACCACAAAGGAUAAUGGGCGGCUGCAAAAUGGCCUCUGGAUUGAACGAAUUUAUUGAACCACAUUUCUUCAAAGAUGAUUCAGGGAAAAUUCAAAAAUGGCUCCACAAGAGAUAAAAUAGCCCGUGUACUAGAUAGCACAGACUGCAGUUUGCAAUUAGAGAAAUAAAAUCAGUUUGGUUUAAAGUAAGUUUAUAGUUUUUUUUCCCUGGCAUCAUGAAAAGAGAGCACACAGCAGAUGGAGGAAGAUCUGCUAAGAAAAACGGAAAGGAUAGACGUAGAAGAGUACGAGGGCCCGUGUGGGUGAAAACAGUAUUUUUCUCUCCUUCUCAGGCGUGGGCUCUUUUAGCUGAGGGCUUUGUGAAGGAGGCUGACAAGCUGGCUUGUAUGAUCCUUUUCUUAUUGUUCCAGUUUCACAGUACUGUAAGGGCACAUUUUGGGGCAGUGCAGAUUUUCAUUGCUCACAGAAAGAGGCAGUGAAGUCAGACAACAUGUUCAGAUGUUUCCAGUCUAAUCAGAUAUUCUUUAAUGGAAGCAGCAACGCAUUAGGCGAUUUCUUGGACACUACUGUCUCUGCCCUAAAGGUGACAAUACGUAGCAGCAUUUUAAGGCAGCCUUGAUGUGCAACUUUUACUUGUGCAGAGGCAACUGUGGAACAACUUCUUAUCACAGUUGUUGAUAAAGUUGUCUUGUCUAUGUUGCCUUAAAAUGUUCCAACACUGCCUUUAAUAUUUGGUAAUUUUGUAGCUGCAUCUCUGACGACGAUCUUUGGCUGGUUCCACAAAGGAAUUUGGUGCUAUCAUCAUUGUUCACCAAUCAUUAUUUCAACACGUGUCUGAUAUUAGCAACUAAAUUUAAAAAAUCUAAAAUCAAUUGAAUCAAACAUUAAAAAAUAUAUAUAUAAAUUGGAAUUUAUAGUUAUUUUCUUUGAGGAAUGCAGCCUGUAACUAGGCCAAUGAAACAUUUUGAUAGUACUGAUACAAAAUCUGAGUGUUGGUAAAAUUACAUAACCUUUUCAAUUAAAUAUAUACAUAUUUUUCCAUAAAAUUUUUUUGUGUUUAAGAAAAGAAGCAAAAGUUCUGACAAUUUAAAUGCUGAAUUUAACCUAAAUACGAUUUAAAUCUCAUCAAAGAAUAUGUCACUAAAAUUAGAAACUUUAUCAGACAUUUAAUUCCAGCUUUCAUUACUUUGUUGUUGAUAUUUAUAGCUACAACCACAUUUUAGUUGGUGCCAAAAAAUGUGUUGAGGUGCUAUGCCAUUUUACCAAAAUUGAGGAAAAAUUGCUCAAUCUAAAGUAUUUCCUUCGAUUUCAUCCUUCAUUUGAGUGGAACAAUGAUGAUUUUAGACUUAUUUCCUUUGGAGAAACAGCCUAGUCUUCUGCAAAGAGCAUUUUGCACAUUUUGUUUUCCUUUUGCUGUUUUCUUCAGUGUUUUCGUGUUACUGUCCAAUUGGUGGGUUUCACAUGACGUCACGACGGCGCCAAAUUCAGAUGGAGGACAGGAAGUGUUUCAGCCUUUCGCUGACUGACACACUGAGAAUGUACCGUGUGGAAAAAUGCCUGUUUUGUGUAGUUUACCGGUGCUCUAAGCGUUCCAAUAGAGAAAAAGAAAAAAAGCUACUAUAGGGUAUCAAAAGUAGUCACCCACAAAGGUGAGAAAUAUGACUUUUGUCAAUGACUUUUAUCACCAAAACAGCACAGCCGAAACAGGAUGUUGUGAUGACGCAAGCGAAACCCGCAGCCAGUACGAGCUUGUCUGGGAAGGCCAACAUGUCUGCGGUGUGGACGUAUUUUAGUAAAUGUGAGAAAGACACACGGAUAGCGAUUUGCAAAAUAUGUAUUGUCGAAAUUUCGAGGGGGGGUGCAUCUGCAAAGAAUUUCUCCACGUCGGGUUUAAUUUAUCACCUGAAAUCCAAACAUGCCGAUCAUUAUGCUGAAUAUGAGAGGAACGCAGCGCAGAAAAAGAAAAAUCCCUCCAAGCACGCCCACUCCGUCUGUGGCGGACGUUUUUGAAAAGGCAAGGAAGGUUAAAACUUAACUUAAAGCGCUGCAAUUCUUGGUGCAUUUGUUGUUGUUAAAGCCCUACAGUUAACAUAUGGGCUAUGGCAAUCUUUGUUUUGAUACACUAUUAUGUUGUAGUCCUACAGCGAAAAUUUUAAAAUACACUUGACUUAUAUGCACUUUGUGUUUUUAUGAGAGAACAUUUA